UGUCCACAUAAAGGCGAAACACAAAGAAACUGUAAGCCUUUCGUACUGGUUCAUAUGACUUGUUUGAUUUAGCAGUCAAUUUAAAGUAGAAGUCAGUCGUUUAGGGCGGUUGUUGGCAAACCUGGUGCGUUCUUAUCAGGCAAACGUCAGCUGAAACGCUCGGUUUUGUUUAUGAUACUGACUAGCUAUCGUUAGCUACUAGCAUUAGCUUAGCUGGCUAGCUUUGUAGCUAAGUGGGGCUGUUUGUUUGUGUCGUUUCCUAAGCUAGUUAGCUAACGAUAUUUGUUUUACUAGCUAAUGUUAUUGGAGUGAUGUACGCGAUUUCCUAGACAAUCAACUGUUUUUAAAAGCAUUGCAGAUGUCAAGGUCACCACAAUGGAGCAUAAAAAGAUGACACCUUCAUCUAGAGUGGUCAAUGCAGUCUGAGGAAGUGUCUGUAAGUAUUUAUCAGAACCAACCCAUUCUUGCUCUAUCUCCGAACUUUUCUGGUAGGGUAUUGUGUAGGCUAGUAGUAUGUAUGAUCCGGACCACUUCUAAGUGUUUUAUCUUGUGGUUUCUAUGGUUUAAAACAUAUUGUUGUCUCUGAGUAGUUGUCUGUGUUUCUAUGGUAACCCAUGCUGUAUAAGGCUCCUCUCUAUAAGUGUUUUGUACUUACACAGCCAUCCAGUUUGAUUUGAACCCUCCUCCUCUCCAUGGUACAGUACCAGCUUCUAUGGUACCAGGGCCAGGCUUCAAAAAUCUGCCAGGCACUCCACCCUUCUUCGUUGGUGGUGAUGUAGCCUACUGGCCCGAGGGCAUGUUGAGACAUCUCACCAGGCCAGAGCAGAGGUGUCUAGGUGGGGCAGACGGGGCCUGAAGGAGGGGAGGACAGACCGGGAGGACCAGAGAGAGAGAGAUGGGCCAGUGUGUCACCAAGUGUAAGAACCCAUCGUCCUCGCUCGGCAGCAAGAGUGGCGACAAGGAGCCUGGGUCCAAGUCCCACCACAAGAAAGGCGGGGGCACGGGAGGCAGUGGCGGAGGAGGGCACAAGGAGGAGCCCAGCGCCCUGUGCAACAAGGCCUCCAGCGAGCUCAUGUUCAACGGCACCAAGAACGCCUUGGAGGUUACCGUGGAGACCACGGUGAUCCCCGCAUCGGCCAUGAUGGGGGACCUGAGGAAUGAGGAGCGCUCGGUGGCAGACAGGGAGGGGCCGUCCUUGCUGCGCAUCGAGGAGCUUUUCUGCUGCUACAAGGACCCACAGGAGGAGUCUAUCUUGGAGGAGGGCAUGGAGAGGUUCUGCAACGACCUGUACGUGGACCCCGCCGAGUUCCGCGUGCUGGUCCUCGCCUGGAAGUUUCAGGCGGCCACCAUGUGCAAGUUUACAAGGACGGAGUUUGUAGACGGAUGCAGGGCGAUCCAAGCGGACAGUCUGGAGGGCAUCUGCUCCCGGUUCCCCUGCAUGCUGCUGGAGGCACAGGGCGAGGAGAACUUCAAGGACCUGUACCGCUUCACCUUCCAGUUCGGCCUGGACGCCGAGGAGGGCCAGCGCUCGCUGCAGCGUGACAUCGCCAUCGCCCUGUGGCGCCUGGUCUUCACGCAGGACACGCCGGCCAUCCUCGAGCACUGGCUGGACUUCCUGGGCGAGAACCCAUCGGGCGUGCGGGGCAUCUCGCGGGACACCUGGAACAUGUUCCUCAACUUCACGCAGGCCAUCGGGCCGGACCUGAGCAACUACAGCGAGGACGAGGCCUGGCCCAGCCUCUUCGACACCUUUGUGGAGUGGGAGAUGGAGCGCCGGAAAAAGGACGAGCUGUUAAAGAGGUCAGAGGAGGAGGACAGGGGAUGCACUGAGACUGAUGAGAGCUCUCCCUCCAGCACAGACAGACUUGAAACAGAGGGCGGACGGGGCUCACAGACCUGGGGGGGGCACUGACUAUAGGACGAUAGAAUUCUGUGGAGGGAGGUCGGGGUGGGUGGAGUCUGACUUAUAAGUGAACUGUACAUCUGUGAAUCAUUGGAUGACAUAUUAGUAUUACCAUUACUGUUAUUCCUCUCUCUCUCUCCUUUUCUGUUGGAGUGGGCUGGGAUUCGCCUACACCCUGCUUUAUUUCUGGUUAAUGAAAGGGCUCUAAGAACUAUUAAUGUUUUAAGCACUUCUAUUUAAGGUCAUUAUUUUUCUUGAAUGUGUUUUUUUGGUAAUUUGGACAUGUGGUCCAUUUGAAUCUUUCCCCACCCUCCCUAAACUCACAAAGAAAGUUCAGUAUAUAAGGUUGCUUUAAAAGCCAGGUGCCAGAAAGCCAUACCCGUUCCCAGGUCUCAUUUUUACAGCACACAUUGACCUGGAAACACUGGUGAUUGGACCUCUCACCCAAAGACAGGCCUAUUAAAUUCUCAUAUUACAUUAAGAAGAAGGGAAAUUGGGACAAUCUAUUUGUCUGCAAAUAUAACACAUUAUUACCAGAGCCUGAGCUUGACCUUUUGGGGUCAGUGAUCAACUUGAUUUUAAAUUAUUUGUUAUUUUGGAACAGUGUUUGAGUGUGGAUAAAUUGGGUUGCAUUUUGAAAUGUGGACUAUUUAAAGGGUUAUAUUCUUGGCCUAUCUAUCUAUUGCCUAUAGUUGUGAUGGCCAACCAUGAUUUGUUCAAAGAUGUGGUCGUACUUGAGUGUGCAUAGUGUCCUAAGACGGCGUAAUGUCUUUAAAGUAAAAAUUGAAGUGACCACCAAUAACUUACUACAAUUAGUAUUCUGUUUAUCUAAAUUAAAAAAUGUGUUUAGGGUAUAUACAGUGCAUUCGGAAAGUAUUCAGACCCCUUCACUUUUUCCACAUUUUGUUACAUUACAGCCUUAUU